CUCAAGGGUUACCAAGCAAGAUAACAUUGUACUGUGUUCAUUGUAGAAGUUAACUGUACCCAUUUUUCUAAGACCACUGACAAUGUGAGUUUGAGCAGUCGCGUACAUAAAAGUCCUGCCCACCUCUUCACUCCUACUGAAGCGCAGUUCAGCUACAAUCAUUGAAGUGGUGGAGUCGUACUGUACACGCGAUGGUGAACUUUACCUUUAGAGCGGCUUUACUCUGCACCUUCAGUUGGAUCUCUGUCUCAGUUUCUGAGAUUCUCACUGUGGAGGUUCAGCCUGGUGAAGGAGUCACUCUGAUAUGCAACAACUUUACAGACUUUUCCUCCAACGUAUUCUGGUACAGACUGACCAGUGGAGCCAAUGUCAGCUGUAUCUCUUAUAUAACCAGCUCAGAUGAAGUUUUGCUCUGCAAUGGAUUUCAAAACGGGAACUUCAUAAUGACAUCCAACUUAACAAACCUCUUACUGACCAUAAAAACUGUGGAUGUACCCGACUCCGGGCUGUACUUCUGUGGAUGCUGCAAAAACGGACUCUCAGCAUUGGUCAGUCCAACAUAUUUAAAAGUUCAAGAACUGUCUGACGAAUUAACAAAUCCAACAAGUGUGAUCCUGGGCAGUGUAACUAUCGUCCUGGUGAUGGUCAUCAUUGGUCUGGUUGUCACAAUCAGGAAAUUGCAUACAGCACAGCAUGAAGAAUGGAAUCCACAACACAAUGAGAACUCUGACCCUGAUAGCCUGAACUAUGCGCCGCUGAGUUUCCAUCCCAAAAUGAACAGUAGUCAAAGGCCUGAGAGAGAGAUGCAGUCCACCGUAGUGUAUGCUGCCACAAGAUAGACUCACAAAACGACGACAAAGGCAACUCA